CUCCCAUUUCCUUUCCUCUGGGUUGUUUUGUUUUGUUUUUUUUCCCCCUUCCUCGCGCGGGUUCUCCAUGUUGGACCCGGAGUGAGCGGGGUUCUGCUCUCACUCUUUGAUCUUUAAGCUUCCUGCAAGUGACGCUGAGGAUCUCACACGUUUGAUGCGGAGGAUCCGCGCCGUCUGGGAGUUUAUCUCGGCAGGGGAAAAGGCGUGCGUGUGUGUGUGUGUGUGGGGCUGUUUGUCUCUGCGCUUUUAAUGCUUUAUAUUCCUGUAUGUUUAAUGAAAGUGAGAUUGAGAAACUGGAUUUUAUUAGAUGGAAAGUUCUGUCAUCACACAAGUGCAGAGAGAAGAUCUUCAACUGCCUUCCAAAUCAGGCCAGGGGAAAAAAUCUUCUCCUAAAAAGCCCCGUGGCAGGAACAUAUUUAAAGCCCUAUUCUGCUGCCUGCAUGCACAAGAUGCUGCUCAGACGCUGCCACCUCCCCAUGAUGCCUUGCUUCCCACCGAGGAGAAUGGCUCCAUCACCAAGUUGUGCGAGUCUAGUCUCCUGCCGGAUGUAACUCCUGAGGACGAGGGGAAGAUCUGCGUGGUUAUAGAUCUGGAUGAGACUCUGGUACACAGCUCGUUUAAGCCGAUUAGUAACGCUGACUUCAUCGUUCCGGUGGAGAUUGAGGGAACCACACACCAGGUGUAUGUCCUCAAGCGGCCACAUGUCGAUUUGUUCCUCCAGCGAAUGGGAGAGAUGUUUGAGUGUGUGCUGUUCACCGCCAGCCUCGCUAAAUAUGCUGACCCAGUUACAGAUUUACUAGAUCAGUGUGGAGUUUUCCGAGCGAGACUCUUCCGCGAGUCGUGUGUUUUCCAUCACGGCUGCUACGUUAAAGAUCUGAGUCGACUCGGCCGGCAGCUCAACAAAACCCUCAUUCUGGACAAUUCUCCUGCAUCCUACAUUUUCCAUCCCGAGAACGCUGUCCCUGUGCUGUCAUGGUUUGAUGACGUGGACGACACGGAGCUGCUGAACCUCCUGCCCGUGUUCGAGGAGCUGAGCAGCGCCGACGACGUGUACGCCAAACUGCGUGAGCUCCGAGAGCCGUGACCUUCAUCACCACGCCUCAGGCUUGAUCGCUUAAACCUCACGACCUCGAAACGCCUUUAAAACCUCGCACAUGCCUUAAUCUGUCUAAGAGCACCGCACACACACACACACACACACACACAUUCACACAAACACACAUAUAUACAUAUACAUACAUACAUUGUGUGUGUGUUUGUUUAUAUAUAUAUAUAUAUAUAUAUAUAUAUAUAUAUAAAUAUACACACACACCGUACAUCACUGAGUGUGUGUUGGUGUGUGUUAGUGUUGUCAUCAUCGCCGGGUUUCAGCCUGGUGUUACAUGUUAUGCUCAGGUGUUGAACCUUUUCUACAAGAUUUAUGUUUUAUUCAUACACACACAAAUAGAAAAACAACAGCAGCAAUGUAAAUCAGAAAUUUUAUUGCAGGAACACACACACACAAACACACACACACACACUGAGAAAUCUUCAUCCUGCUUUGUGUCGUGUUUGAGAACACUAAAGAGAAAUGAAAAUUACGUCUUUACUGUAAAUAAAAUGAU